GUUGGUGGUCUUGAUCACCCGGGAGCGAAUUAAAAAUGGGUGACGUUGAGAAAGGGAAGAAGAUUUUUGUUCAGAAGUGUGCCCAGUGCCACACUGUGGAAAAGGGAGGCAAGCAUAAGACUGGACCAAACCUCCACGGUCUGUUUGGGAGGAAGACAGGUCAGGCGGCUGGAUUCUCGUACACAGAUGCCAACAAGAACAAAGGCAUCACUUGGGGAGAGGACACCCUGAUGGAGUAUUUGGAGAAUCCCAAAAAGUACAUCCCUGGAACAAAAAUGAUCUUCUCUGGAAUUAAGAAGAAGGGAGAGAGGACGGACCUAAUAGCUUAUCUUAAAAAGGCUACUAAGGAGUAACUCCACUGCCUUAUUUAUUACAAAACACAUGUCUCAUGACUUUUAAUGUGUACCGUAAUUUAAUUCAUACCCCACAAUUCAGAUCAUGAAAGGCUAACAAUGCUUUGUUGGACAGUCCUGAUUAAGGAAAACUGACUUGUAGAAAAGUGGAUAUGAUCUUUAUUAAAAGUAACGAUCCAGUUGCAUAAACACUGUCGCUGCUCUCCCUUUCUCAAGAUAAGAUUGGACUUAAUUAUUAAAGUUCUACUUUCCACAAAGAUGGGGGUGUCACCUCAAACCUACUAAAUGGUUUUAUAAUUAAAUUUAUAUAAUUGGACAUAUGAAUAUGUUUAAACACUGGGGAAAUUCUGUCACCAUCUCAGAAAUGAGAAGACUCAUCUGUGGUAAAGUUUAUACUCCUGCUGUUACAGGCAAUGGCUAAAGGUCAGGAGGCAACUGUCUAUUCUUGACUCAAUGGUCUUAUUUUAUUAGACUUCCCUAGGUCAAAGGAUGCUGCCUUUUCCCAUUGAAAGGCACUUACUGUGGUCUAUGUAUAAUAUAUCAAAUAAAGAGUAUUUAGCAAUGUU